GUGUGUUUACCGUCCUCUCCGCCGGCUCGUGCGUUGUAAGGCAGUGAUAUGAGCCUGUGCGGGUUGAUUUUUCCAGCUGCAGGGUUUUUUGAUAACCAGGGCGUGUUUAGUGAAGUAUUUCUGUUUGCGCGCGCGUAUUGGGUGCGUGCGUUUUUGCAUGUGCGUGCGCCACCUCAUUCACAUUAGAGGGGGGGAUCCUCCUGUUGUGUCAAAAGUGGAGAGUUUCGGAGAUUGGACGCGGAGAUUGUGGCAGAUCAUUGAAGGGGGGGACCAGCCUGCUCACUGCAAAAAAAAACAAAAAAAAACGUGAGUGAAAUCUGAUUUUUCACUGAGAAGGAAGGCUGCUCCUGAAGUAUGAUCAGGUGGUGCCCUCCUGUCAGACACACGCACUCCCCCUGACACAUGGUUGACAGUAGGAGACGGAAGGGGCGAGAGGGAGUACGGGAGUGACGGAGAUCCAGACAAACACUCGCAGAGAGGAGGAGGAGGAAGCCGGCCAUCUGUGGUUGGUCCCCUGCUAUUCUGCAGCUGUGUCCGUUUUCAUCUCCUUAAGGACAAAAAAAAAAAAAAAAGCGAAGAAAUCAGAGCGAGAUAAGGGGGUUCUUCCUACGUCUCAUUGCCCAGAGGAAGAGGGGCAAUGUUAAGGCCUCACUGGCCUUGGAUUAAGCCUCUGGGCCUGCUUCUUUUGAGGGAUGGGUGAUACCCCAGCUGGAUCUUCCACUGUCACUGUCCUGCAUGGCUAUCAUUAGUGGCUAAUGAGCUGCUGCUAGAGAGGAAACGGAGAAGGUGCCUGUGGAGAGAGGAGGAACCUUACAGCUGUUAUUAAGAGGCCCGGCGAUCUCCGACAAGGAGUUCUUUUCCUCUGCAAGAGAGUGGAAUCCUUUUUAAAGCUUUUGCGGUUGCAAGCAUGGCAGAAUAUCGACUCUGGAAGUCAUAGUUAUAGACAUUUCUUUUCAAGUGUUGAUGGCCGUUUUAUGCCUUUUGAAAAUUGUCAUCAUGCAGUUGAAAGACAUUAUUUUUCAGGGUUAUGGUAUUUGGACAUAAACAGUUUUUUCCUCUCAAGCGAAGGAGUCUCAGCAAAAACUCUAUAAUCAUUAUCAUUUAUUUUGUAAACGUUUUAUUGUUUUUGCUUUACACUUUCAUAUUAUUUUGACCUUCCUAUGCCCUGAAGCACGCUGGUCAUCAUGGCAGCAGCCUAUCGCGUAGUGGUGAGCAGUGUGAGCUGCUACAACAGCGUGGUAGUGGACCGGCGAACUCACUCCCAUGCUGUGCACUACUGCUCGGGGCCAUGUGGGGCGCUGUCCCAGGGUCUGGACUGUACUGUCGCGCACCGCGGCACCUGCUCCGAGCUGCUUGUCGCACCAGACCCCGUUUACACUGACACGAACAGCUCACUCAUACACUCCCGUAACAUGAUCACUCAGCAGCUUCCUAACCAUUGUAAAAUUAGUGUUGCCAUGGAUACUAGUUAUAAUGGUGGUCUAGAAAGGGCGGGCAGCAGUGGGAAUCUGUCCGUAGGGGAAGACAGCCCCACGUGGCGAGGUAAGAAGACCCCAAGUUGCGGAGGAUCGACUGGGAACCUGAGCUCUUCUAGCAGUCUAAAGGACAUAACUGAAGAGGCCAUCAACCUGGCCAGUGGUAAGCUCAAAGAGUUUUCUUUCGACAAGCUCCGCCUCUCCUCCUCCAGCCACGUCACCUUCCGGAAAGGUCGUAAAGUCCGUCCCGACUCUUUUAGCCGACGCUCCACUGACCUGGAGAUCAUCUACGGUCACUUCAGCUCUAACAUCACCACUAAUGGAACGACUAAUGGCAUGACGAAUGGCACGGCUACUUCUAAUGAUGAGAACAUGCCGCCGUUUGUGCUGGGGAAAGGGGCAGGGCUGGAGGAGACAAAGCUAAAGGGCAACUCGGGCACCUUGUCAGCCAUCACCAAAGUGGGUGGCGGCUCGACAAGCAGCCUAACAAGCAUCAGCUCAUUAGACCAAAGUCUGAACACGGUGGCCUCCCUGUACCGCAGCACCCUGGGGGAUGAGAACCUGAUUGCCCGUUUGCUGGAGAAGACACGAGCGGAGGCAGGCAGCGGGGGAGCAGGCGGGGAGGACAUCCGUGCCUGCCUUGACAUCCUGCUUAAAUGUUCUGAAGACCUUAAAAAAUGCACUGACAUCAUCAAGCAGUGCAUCAAACGCAAAGCCGGUGGAGGCACGGAGGAUGGAGGCGCCAGUCCUGACAGCGUGUAUCGGGCUGUGAUGACCCGACUCAGCUCCUAUCUGAAAAGACUUCCCCUGGAGUUGGAAGGGAUUGGAAGCCUGGGAGGCAGUGGGCAGGGUGCACCCGGAAGCGGGCACAGUGAUUUGGCUGAGCUGGUCAACACUCUUCACUCCAUCCAACAGGGACCUUACUCUCCAAUAUUUGGCAAUGAGCAACCUCCUCGCUACGAGGAUGUGGUGCAGUCCCCUCCCAUCCCAAAGACUCUUCCUCACUCUGCAUCUUCUACUCUCUCCUCUGUUUCAUCCUCCUCUUCUUUGAAAUCAGACUCCAUCCAUAAUAUACCAGCCCAAAGCUCCCCAUCCAGAACCAGUUCCCUCACCAAUGGACUACAGCAUCCACAUUCUUCUUCUAUCACACAACACACACUCUCUCCCUCGUCUAUCACCUGCUCUCCAUCCGGCUCCUCUCCAUCACAGUCUCCCUCCCCUCUUCGCACUUCCCCGACCCCACCGUACACACACACUCCUCCGGCGUCCCCUAUGGAGGCUCUUUAUAUUGAGGAGGAGGAAGCAGAUGUGGGCAAGGCACCAGAACAAAUCUCACAACAGACACUCACUCCAAGCAGAGGGGUAAACACUAUCCACAACAAAAACGGGACUGUGUUAAGUCAGCACAUGCACCUAUCCCAAGCACACACACUUCAUAACUCUUCACAUGCGUCGCCAGCCAGCACUGGCUACAGCCCCACUUGGCCUUCCUCUGCCUCGCUAACAGUCUCAGCACCCAAGGCUGUCUCACACAGGAAUGAUGACAUCGACAAGCUGCUGAUGGACUUGGAGAAUCUGUCUCAGAGUAUGAGCCACCCCAGAAACACUGAGCCUCCACUUCCAGCCAAGACCAGGAAGAGGGAGGGGGGCCAGGGGAUCACCCCCAAAGAGGCCCUCACCCAGCCCAAAAUGGCCCACUUCCAAGUCCAGAAGCCAGCUAGCCACAUAGCCAUGAAUGGCCCUAGCUCCAGGACUCCCCCGAGUCUGACUCCUCCCCAGGGAGAGAACAGUGAAGCUUCGUUAGGAGAGGAGGAGGAUGGGGCCCUUCUGCUGAGGAUCCUGGAGAGCAUCGAGAGUUUUGCACAGGAGCUGGUAGAUUCUGGGGCAGGAAGCUCAGGGAGCGCUGAGCGGAAAUGUGGGAAGGAGCGGGAGGUGAUGAGGCUCCUGCAGGAUACACUGGCCACCACCGGCAGGGCUGAUACCCCUCUGGAGAGCACAAACCCGCCAGCUGCUGCUCCCGCUGCUCCACCCAUGCACAUAAACACAGCCCCGGCCAUACCAAACCACUCCCUUGCAAACACACUUACAGUUUCACCUGCGCCCACACCUAUACCUGCAACACCCGAGGCUGUGUGCAAUGCCACAUCCGAACCUGCACCUAAACCAACACCUGACGUGGCCCCCAAACCUCUGCCCACACCCGUACCCGAGCCUACAACUGAAGUUACGGAUGAAGUUACAGAAGCCUCUGCAGGUGACACCCCUGCUCCUGCACCACCUGCACCUGCAACGUCGCAUUCCACCGCACAUUCAGCCGACCUUACACCCGUGGCCGCGCCUGAAGCCCCGGCCGCUGUUGCCACCCCAGCCGCAGUAGCUGCAAGAGACGCUGCCGUUGCUGUCGGCGACCCUGCUGCUGUGCGAGACACUGGAUCAACUCUACUCAUCCAGCAGACUCCAGAGGUGAUCCGAGUCCAGUCCAAACCAGACAAGAAACCCGGCACACCUCCACCAGCCCCUGCUCCUACCCUGGCCACAACCACCCCCACGCCACGUUCACCCAGCCCUCCUCCAGCUCCGGUGAUAGUCACCCCGCCUCCCCCUGCCAUCAACAUUCCCAGGUUCUACUAUCCCCGUGGGCUCCCUGCCCCAGGCCCGCCUGCCAACCACGACACGGCCAUCACUGCCAUUGAGACGGCCUUCACCGAGUUUGAAGAGGAGAAGGCCGACAUAUAUGAAAUGGGCAAGAUUGCAAAGGCAUGCGGAUGUCCACUUUACUGGAAGGCCCCCAUGUUCUAUGCAGCAGGUGGCGAGAGGACAGGCUUUGUCUCUGUUCACUCCUUCAUUGCAACCUGGAGGAAGUUGUUGCACAGUUGCCAUGACGAUGCAUCAAGGUUCAUUUACCUGCUUGCUAAACCUGGCUGCAACUACCUGGAGCAGGAGGACUUCAUUCCUCUUCUGCAGGACAUAGUGGAUACACACCCUGGGCUCACAUUUCUGAAGGAUGCACCAGAAUUCCAUUCCCGCUAUAUCACAACGGUGAUCCAACGGAUAUACUACGUGGUGAAUCGCUCAUGGACAGGUCGUAUCACCAUGAUGGAGCUGCGCAGAAGCAACUUCCUGCAGACCCUUGCCCUGCUGGAGGAGGAGGACGACAUCAACCAGAUCACUGACUACUUCUCGUACGAGCACUUCUACGUCAUCUACUGCAAGUUCUGGGAGCUGGACACUGACCAUGACCUCUACAUUGACCCCAAAGACCUGGGGAGAUACAACGACCAUGCAUCCUCAAACAGAAUCAUUGAGAGAUUGUUUUCAGGGGCCGUCACUCGGGGUAAUGCGGUGCAGAGAGAAGGCAGGAUGAGCUAUGCUGAGUUUGUCUGGUUCCUCAUAUCUGAGGAAGACAAGAAAAACCACACAAGUAUUGAGUACUGGUUCCGGUGCAUGGACGUAGAUGGCGAUGGCGUCCUGUCCAUGUUUGAGUUGGAGUUUUUCUAUGAGGAACAGUGUGAGAGGAUGGAGAGGAUGGGCAUCGAACCUCUGCCCUUCCAGGAUUUGCUCUGCCAGAUGCUUGACCUGGUGAAACCUGAGAGCACAGGUAAGAUAACCCUGGGUGAUCUCAAGCGCUGCCGGAUGGCCCACAUAUUCUUUGACACCUUCUUCAACCUGGAGAAAUACCUGGACCAUGAACAGAGAGACCCAUUUGCUGUGCAAAAGGACAUUGAUAGCGAAGGUCCGGAGCCAUCUGACUGGGAUAAAUAUGCCUCAGAGGAGUAUGAGAUACUGGUGGCAGAAGAGACUGCAAAUGAACAGCUACAUGAAGGGUCAUUUGACGAUGACUACGAAUCCGAGGAGCUUCAAGUCCCUGGAGAGAUUGGGAAUAAAAUGGAAAAACUGGUCAUAUCAGACCUGUCGGCAUAAAACUCCUUCCCUGGAGUUCCUGGGCCUUUCAUCCUGGAAAACAGAUGGGAACCAAGUGAUAGAGAGUUAUUUAUCAAAAAAAAAAAAUGCAUGGAUGUAAAGACAGAGGGAGAAAAUGAUUCUGGCGUCUGUCUUACAAUGACUGGAGUCUCCUCAGAACGGACUCAUCGGUUUUUGUGUGUGUGACCGUGAACCAGUACUGUUGUGUCUGGUAUAAAAAAAGAAAAAAUAAGAAAAGAAAAUGCAUCUGUAUUCGUACAGAAAACUUUGUCACUGCCUCCAGCUUUUCACUCCAUCGGAGAGAACAAAGCCAGCGAUGGAGGGAGAAGUGCUCAAUAAGCUCUAAAAGGAAUCAAGAAAAAAAACAAAAACUUCACUGUAAAAUAAUGUAUUUGCCAUUGUGAAUUCUCUACUGACAAUCCUGCCACAAGACAAUCACCUGCAUUUUCAGUUGCCUCUGUGCUAAAGGCGACAGGUAGACUGUCAGUUACACAAGUAGACUCACAGAAAUAGAUAAUGAAAGUGAUAGGCAUUACCAUUGAAAACCCGCAGUCACAAUAGUCACAAUAUCACAUACAGAUAGACACUGCCGUCAGAAACCCGCUGCCCUGUGCAGCCCGUCACUGUGUUUCUUGUAAAGGAAGUUCUUAAACCUCUAGUCCCUUCAGGGAGGAAUCAUGCAACAGGUUGGGUGGUUGUAACAGCACCUCUCUGUGGCCACUCUGUGCUACUGCACGGCACUGCUGUCACGCACGGUGCAUUAAUGGCCGGCCAACUUUUUCCAAGAGGGAGUUCAGCUCACUGCACAGCCUGAGCAGCUCUAUUCUUAGAGCGGCAUUAUCAGCGCUCCACCUCUGGACUCCCUUUGCAAUCAUUUCUAAACCCCCUGGAAAAAAAAAAAAAAGUUUCUGACUACAAGGACUGUAAUGCUCCAGCCAGCGAGGUCACAGUGAGGGAUAUGCACGUUGACAAACAUAUCAAACUCUCUGGUAGAGUUGCCCACACAUUUCCACCUGUCACAUUUGUAAUGAUAUAUGCACAUAAGAACUGUGAGUUGUUCCUGUCAGUCUCAUGCAUUUAUCCACCGCAUCCCACUGUCUGCUUCUCACGUCCUUGUUGAUUGUGUACAGGACCUGGUAAUUACUUUGAUUUGUUCUUGUCAUUUAUGCCAAAAAUCAUUGUUAUAUACCAUUUGUUUCUGCAGCUUUCUAAUGUCCAUUCUCCCUGUAACACACGUACCAAACACACCAUUAAGGAUGCCUCUUAAAGGGUCAGUACAUCCAAAUUAUGAAGAACCACUAGUGGUGAGUUUUUGUUAUGGUUCCCAAGUUGUGAUAUAUCUGUCCCUGAGGGUUCAGCCUCCAUCCUGUUACAAUGGAAGUGAAUGAAAUUGGUAGCGGCCGCCACAACGUAGGGAAUUACCUUAACAUUUAAGAGCAACCUCUCUGAAACGGUUGUCCCUGCUACUCAAAACAAACCACAGGACACACUGUGAGCAGCUUCCAUCGGAACUACUUUCUAUUGAGGAAAUAGUCCUGAUAUUAAGGUUCGUGGAGAGUAACAGGACAUUGUGUCUGGCAAGACACGAUGCUGUUAUUUCUGCAAUCUCUUUUUUUUCAUGCUUUGAGCACCACAGAUGAAAUUCCAUUCACUCCUAUUGCACUGAGGUGGAGGCAGGAAUCUCAGACAUGAAUAUCUUCAAACCUGGGGAAAUAUAACCCAAACUAUUUACACAGGUCGAUAACACAAAGUUUGAUUUUGUCUGUCAAUUUGUGUGAACUGAUCCUUUAACUCCAUUAUUUACUGUGCUGCACUCAUAGGGACAGGUGCAUGUGUGUGUACACUGCCCUUACUGUAAUAGCUAGGAGCAUGUGUUUGCUUAUACAUCACUGAUUGAGGAGUGUGUUUUAGGAGCGUGUGAUAUGUAGCUCUCAGUUUAGGGCUGUUUAUAUGUCGUAGUCGUUGCCAUGGGGAUGGUGUUCCUGUGGUCUGUUUGUAUGUGUACACAGACACACUUAUACACACACCACACUAUAGUUGCUGUUGAAAGGGAGAGAGAGAGAGAGCCAGUGGAUGCUGUAAGGCCUUCAGGACCUUGAGUUUCCCCGUUCUGCUCUACAGCCAUUGUAAAUGUGCCUGACUGUGUAUUAAACUAUAUUAUUAUUAUAAUAGUAGUAAUAAUAAGCCAUUAUAGAUAUAACGGCUGUGAUUUUUGAUGUAUUUUGAUGGUUUGUAUUGCUGUGCCACUGUGUGGCUCGGGACAGGGGGGUAAAUUAUGUUAGAUGUGUGUAUGUUUGUGUGUUUAGAUGCACAGUCAAUUUGAAUGGAGGAGGUGGAAUCCUCUGGAGGACUGAUCUGAAGCUCCGACCAUCUGACAAUCACAAAACCAUGAGACACACGUCGUACCGAAAGUGGAAACCUCUGAGACUGAUGUUUCACUUCUGUGGUCACACACACACACACUCACUCACACACUCACCCAGACAGUAUUUAAAAUGAACUGUAAAGGCGAUGGGACGUCUCCGGUUGAUAACUUUUUCUGGCUCUAUGCAAAGUGUCCUGGUGCUCACACACGCAGCAUCAGGCAAGGAAAGAAGCCAUGUGGGACUUCUACUUUGAAAUUAUAUCUCUACCAUGAGAGGUAGAGAAAAGACUUUUAUUUUGAUGUACUUCCUCUGUGCAGAGGACACUCGAGUAGGCUGAGAUGAGAUGCAAAUCAAAUGAUUAUUGUAUUGGCAUGGUUUUCUUUUUGUCUGUCCAUCACUUUUCUUUCUUUCUUUCUUUCUUUCUUCCUUUCUUUAUUUCUUUCUUUCUUUCUUCCUUUCUUUCUUUCUUUCUUUCUCUUUGUCCCGUCCCUGUCAUUUGUUGCUUUUGUCUGAAGUUUAAAUAAAGAUGUUUCAAGAAUA